GGCGUAUAUAAGGCGAGGGGCGGGCGCCGCUCUUUUGUCUCUUGCUGCAGCGACGCGAGUGGGGUCCGUUAGCCCGAUCGAGGAGCGAAGGCCGAGGACUGUUUAAGAAAAUGGCAGACAAGCCGGACAUGGGGGAAGUCGCCAGCUUCGAUAAGGCCAAGCUGAAGAAGACGGAGACGCAGGAGAAGAACACCCUGCCGACCAAAGAGACCAUUGAGCAGGAGAAGCAGAGUGAAAUUUCCUAAGAACCUGGAGGACUCCCCAUCCCCGUCAUCUUUGGGAUCCCAGUCGUGAGUG